AAGGGCGAGAUGGACAGCAGCUCCAAAGAGGCGCUGCUGGAGGACGCCCCUCCGCAGUACACGGCGUCCCCCCAGCUGCCCUGCAUCCCCCACCAGCUCAAGAGCCUCCUCAUCGUGGGGGUGGUGGUUGUGCUCCUCGUGGUGGUCGUCACGGGCUUCCUCCUGCUGGGGCUGCACAUCACCGAGACGCACGCCGAGACGGUUUUGCGAAUGACCAUCCAAGGUCUGGACGGAGAAGGGUCCCCACAGCAGCUCGCCAUGAGCAAGAAGGAAAGGACCGGGACGUUCGCCGUGAGGGAUGCGCUGAACUCCUCCGCCAUGGUCGUCUACGACUACAACAAGCUGCUGAUCAGCUACAGGUCCUGGCUGCAGCAAGCCUGCUACGUCACCCGCCUGCACGAGGACAACAUCCAGGGGCUGGACGCCGUCGCCGCGGCCUUCCGGCGUCGGCAGGCUGAAGGGAAGGAGGCCGGGGCCGCCGCCGAGCCCCUGGCCGAUCGCUCCGUCCUGGGCACCACCAUCAACGUCCUCUGCAGCACCGUCCCCGUCUACUGGGCCUAGCCCAGGUGGGACGCCGGCGAGACAGCGCCCGGACUUCUUUCCUCC